CUGAAUCCCGAGGGGCAAGAACUCUGGUCCCCGAAGGCAUGUGUUUUGUUGAUAGGCGGAUAGCGGAUAUCGCCUCGCCUCCGGAUGCAUGUCGGGGCUGGUUUGUUAGCUACCUAUCCACCAUCCAGAGUCCAGACCGCAUUUGCUUAUCGCUGCUUCACCUGGCAAUAGCCGUCGUCCGCAGCUUUCAGCGGUGGACAUGCCGCCACGUUUACCCCGCUUUCCCUUCAGCCGAGCUGGUGAUGCCCAGUUCCUGACGCGAGGAAGAAGGAGAAAACCCAAUAACACUGGCGGCGGCGCGCCCUUUUGUUGCCAACCCCAUCUUCUCAGAUUUUCGAUCCCAAAUGGCUUCCUAUCACCGAGUUCUGGCCGUCUUUGGCAGAUCUGUCCAUGACAAAGCCCUGGAGUGCGACUGCGAUAUCCAUCCAUGGCAAAUCAAGAUCAACAACGAACAAUGGCCGGGGAAGAUUCGCCUUAUCGGCUUUGUGGACGUAUUCUUCCUCAUCUCCUACUCGGCCAACGCGCGUUUCGAGAAAGGGAUCAUCGUCUACAAGGAGAAAUAUGACAUCGAACAGCUUCUCAGAAAGGUCGAGGAAGCUCGCCCGGAUUCCGAGCCUGUCUGUCCGGGCGAGGAGUCAACGACCAUGUAUCAAGAAGGCGAGAAGGAGGGCGUUCGGAUCGGGGAGACUGAAAUUUCCUCUGAUAACGACAAAGUCAAUGUACUACAUUUCGAUAACGGCACCUCGUACACGGUCCGCAGCUGGGGCUACGAGAUCGGCCUCAAAAAUCGAUACCCUAUUUCCUCGGUCCAAAGAUGGGUUAUUGAGAUCGGCAAGCCUGAGCAUCGCUCGAUGAGACGACGCAUCAAACGAGCCAUCAAAGAACACACCACUACGGAACUUGUGGAGGACGUGAUCCGAUGUGGAUUUAUUGCACAGGGUCAGUUGGCCGGUCAUUUCCUUUCCAAGUAUCUUGUUGGAGGGGUGUUGGAUGAUACCAUGACCAAGUAUCUCGAGGGGUUGGUGUCGGGGGAUCGACCCGGAAGAAUGACGCUGGCGAACGAGGGGUUUUAGUAAACCGUCACUUGAAAAGGACAUGCAAGGCUUUGCGUGUGAUGUAGAUUGAGACUAGAUUUAUGUGAUGGGCUGAUGCGGAUGUCUGGACGGAGUAAUCCGUAGAGUCGAUUGAUACUGGAAACUAGAAAGCCG